AUGGCACCAUCACGCACCUCCACCGUGAAAUCCAAACACGCGACCAACAAAUCCGGCAUCAAAAACAGUAAAACCACGAACAAGACCCGUGCAGGUCAGAAUGGCGACGGCGUCUCCAAACCGAAGUCCGCGAAAUCCAAAAAGACGCAAUCGAAGGGUGUGAGUCUGGGUAGUGUGACGGGAAAAGGGAGCGCGUUGAACAAACUGAAGAAAAAGCGGAGGAUAUAUACCGAGAAGGAAUUGGGUAUUCCGGCGCUGAAUAUGAUUACGCCUGUCGGGGUUGAGAAACCUAAGGGCGAGAAGAAGGGAAAGGUAUUUGUGGAUGACAGAGAAUCCAUGCUCACGAUCCUGGCGAUGGUUAAUGCGGAUAAAGAGGGUCAGAUUGAGUCUAAGAUGAUGAAGGCGCGGCAGAUGGAGGAGAUUCGCGAGGCGAGGAAGGUGGAGGCGGAUAAGAGGGUUGAGGAUCGUAAGAGUAAAUUGGAUGAGGCGAAGGAGGGAUUGAGGAAGAAGAGGAAGAGAGCGGCGGCUGAGAAGAAGGAGGAUGGAGAGUCGGUGAGCUUAGAGGCGGGGACGAAGCCUAUGAGGUUGAGGAAGAAGAGCGUGUCGUUUGCUUGA